AUGAAAGUAACAGUAUCAAUUCAAAUCCUCGAAAACGAGCUAGAUUCAAAAGAAUUUAAAUACGGUUAUGAUGAAAAACUUUUCAAUAGUCACUAUGAUGCGAGAAACGUUAGGAACCAAUUAGCUGAUACAAAUUUUAAAUUAACUAAUUUUGUGACACAUUAUCAUGAAUCACAAUAUUCAAUUCUGACAAUGAAAACAGAUUAUUUAAGGGCAUUCACUGAAAUCGAAAUAAAUCAUCAGUUCAUAUUCAUCACACUCUUUGUUUUGUUCUUAAUUGCAGUAAUCAUAAUCGUGAACAAUAAAUAUAACGUGAGCGAAGGAAUCAUGGACAUUGUAAGCAUGUCACUGAGCAUGGGGAUAAUAUCGCCAAUGGGACGUCUCUCAAUGAGGAUCAUUUAUUUCUUCGGAUUUUUAUUCAUUUUUGUGGUGAUGCCUGAAUUCCAAGGAGAAAUUUCGGCCAUUCUAUCACAACCUGCGAGACGCAAUGUCGAAACCCUAAAGGACUUAUUCGACAACAAGUAUCAUGUGUUUUACGAUGGGAUAUUGAGAAAAGAUAUGAUUAAUGCAAAAUUGUGGGUGACCGAAGAGGACCAGAAAUACUUACAUCUAUCUUCUCAUGCUGGGAUCGAUAAAUGUACGAUAGAAGCCCAACGAAAUUCAAGUAUUGCUUGCAUCAGCAAAACUACCGAACAACUACUAAACCUUUUGAACCUCAAAAAUCUCUAUGUAUCAAAAGAAAUCACGUUCAAGAAAUAUUUUGUGUAUUGGACUAAGAAGAAUUGGGCGCUGAAGGAAAAAAUUGAUAGGAAGGAAACUCCGUUCGAUACCGGUGGAAACAGGAUUAACUUACCAUCACGAUGA